AUGGCCAAGCGUAACCUCCUGCUCUGCUUUGACGCGUUCGGCACGCUGUUCCGCAUCAAGCAGCCCAUUGAGCGGCAGUACGGCGACGUCGCCCGGCGCCAGUUUGGCGUGGCCGUGGACGUGCCGGACAGCAAACUGCGCGCCGCCUUUCGUGCCGCGUUCCAAGAGCAGUCGCGUGCGCACCCGAACUACGGCCGGUGGACGAGCGGCAUGGGCGCGACGGCGUGGUGGACGCGGGUUAUUGAGGAGACGUUCCGGCCGUUUGUCCCGGGGAGCCUACCGCCCGGCCUGGCACCGCAGCUGCUGGCGCGCUUCGCGUCGAGCGACGGCUACGCCAUGGACGACGGCCUUGUUGGAAGCCUGCGGGCCUGGAAGGAGGCGAGGCGGACCCAACGACAGGCAUACGACCGCGUCGUGGUCGGCGUCAUUACCAACUCGGACGACCGCGUGCCCGGCAUUCUGUCGUCCUUUGGCCUGCGCGUCAGCCCGUUGCGCUAUGGCACGGCCGACCCUUUGUUGUUUUCAUCGUCAUCGUCAUCCUCGGCCGUCUCCUACGACAUUGACUUCCACUGCAUGUCCUACGAUGUCGGCGUCGAGAAGCCCGACCCGGCCAUCUUUCGCGCGGCAGAGUCCCUGCUGCCUGCGGUGCUGGGUGGCGACCGCCAUGGCGCGUCCCAGACGGUCGACCUCGACGACUGGGACAAGGUGUACGUAGGCGACGAGGCGGCCAAAGACGUCGCGGGCGCACACGCGGCUGGAUGGAACGCCGUGCUGAUUCAAGCGGACGAGGCGACAACGACGACGAUCUCCACAAGGCAAGACGGCCACGGCCAACGCAACGACGCGGUGGUGCGGCGCUUGGCCGAUUGUCCCCCGCAGCCUCUGGGCCUGCUAUUUGGUGCGACUGGCGACAAAACGACGGUGGUGGGUGUGGAGAGUGCCGCCUCAUUUGUUGAGUGGCUGCUGGCGUCGGAGGCUGACGGCCAUGGUGGGCAGUGA